GCCUGUCUCUUUUCUACAUCCGCGCCGGUAGUGACGGGUUGUUUUCUAUGUACUUCUCACUUUCACGCCAGCCUUCCAAACGCAUAAAUUUCAAUAUCAACUCCAUGUAGAUUUUAUUUAAUAAAAUUGACGAAUUAUUUUCCGACUAUUUAUUUUCUGAUCAUCAUAAUUUUUGUAGAUCCACUGGGUGGGACAGCGGAGGGAUAUAUCUCUCGUCAUCUAUAUAUACCGCCCUGUCACCCUUUGUUCACUACAGUCGCCUGGAUCCGGAAGAGAGUACGUUUCUCACCGUUUGGAAUCAUUUGCCUGUGAGUAUGUCGACAUUAGAUCAGCAAAAAAAAAGUCCCGGUAGACAUUUAACCUUUGUUGUCCUUAUUUUUUCGUGCUUAACUGACAUUGAAUUAUCUGUUGAGGUGAAUGAAUGUAGAUCAAGCUGGAGUUACGUCAGCUGUUUUUGUGGCCCUGAUGCUAGCUGUGGCCUAACCGGAAAAUACACGUAACCUCGAAUAAUUCGACGAAAUCUAACUUUAAGAUAAGCGUUUUGGUCAGUGAUUAACGGAGUAUCAUCUGUAUCAUGAGUUAAUCGGGUACAGGUCAAAUAAGAGGCCGAGAAGAUGCCAAAAUGAGGCCGUGAACUUCGAGUUGCAUUCAGUUACCUUAGCAACGUUAGCCGGUUAGCUUCCUCUGUUUGUCUCAUUACUGGAGUCAUUACCGGGGGAACCAUCUGGUAAAAUACGUUCAUGCCCGGACAUGUCAACGUAAUGGCGCAUUUUUUCUAGGUAGCUGUGGCUAAUACGGUCCUUUAUGUAUUACAGCGAAGCUACCAGUAGAAAGUGGCGGUUACUGGAGAAUAAAACUGCGACGCUGGUCAAACACGAAACUUUACAGAGGGAAGUUUGGACAGCCACGACUAAAAUGGUUGUUUUUAUCUGUAUCGUUUUUUCGUUAGUGUGUCAGCCUGAUUCUCACAUUUUUUUAUAAAUAACAGAAAUAUAGACAUUUUUAGCAUUGAAACUUAAGAGUUAAGUCUGGGCAUACAAACACCGCUGAAAUAAAAUAAAACCAGGGCAAUAAUUUUACGCAGGUUGCCAAGGUUUCCCUUCCCUACUGUAUGUGUUUACUCGGGGUGUGUCUUUCACACACACCGCCAUUCCAUUCUGAACACAGGGGCAGUUAACAGCAAUCCAUUACAGCAACUUAACUUUAAAAUUUCACUUUCAGAAAGCCACAGUUAAGACUGAUAUGAUCAGAUUGACCAGAUUUUAUUUUCAGUUGUUAUAGUGAGCCGGACAGUGUCGACCAUUAAAAUCAGGUCAUACAACAUUCAUGAAACAAAAUAAGAGCAGGGCAAUAAUUUUUACGUCGGGCGUCCAAUGUUUCCCAUCCCGCCGUAUGUGUUUACUAGGGGUGUGUCUUUUUUACACAACCUGUUAUUCUUAACACAAAGGGCAGUUACCAGUAUUCCAUUACAGGAACUUAACUUCAAAGUUUUACUUACAGAAAGCCUCAGUUAAGGUUGAUAUGAUCAGAUAGAUAAGAUUUUAUAUUCAAUUGUUAUAGUGUGUGUUAAUGUAUUGGACGUAGUGCAACUGACAGCAGCUCCUCAGAUGUUGUCCUCUUAAGAUAAAGAUCCAAGGAGUGUCAAAAUACUUGGAACUAAGGCUGCACGAUAUUGGGGAAAAAAAUAGCAUUGCGAUUUUUUUCAACCCUGCGAUAUAUAUUGCAAUAUUAAUAAAUACAGAAAUUUUCACCAGAUGACCUGAAUAGCACUUUAUGUUGUGCUGCACUGCUGAAAUCUUGAGGACAGUUAACCUGCACUGAUCUUACCUCUUUUUGUGAAUGUUAGUAGAAUAGUUUCUGUCUGUCUCAGAGAUAUUUUUUGCUUUUAUUGUUCUGGGACGUUAUUGUGGAAACGGGUGAACACAGAAGACAUGUUUUGGUCGACAUUAUCCAUCUUGUAACCGAAAUAAUUCCAGAUAACUGACUUUCCUUUUCUAUUUGGCAACAAGUCUUCAUCUUCUGUGGUUUUCUCUGUGUGUUGCUCAGUUUGCGAACGGGGUUGUGCUGAGAAAUGCAUGUCCUAUGAGAAUUGCAUGCACCUCACAAAACACGCACUGCUUAUAGUAGAGUGGGCCACGGAAAUGUACAAUUUAAAACCCAUACAGUUCUUAUUUGUUGGGCUAAACGGUGAUAAAGAAUGUUCAGAAAGUAAUUCUCAGUGGACAAGCGUUUCUCGGCUCAACUCCGGUAGUGCCAUCGACUCCCUCCAUGUGCAGGAGUGGGUUUCCUCCUCUCUGAUUUUGAUUGACAGCUGGCAGAGAAGUCUGAUUGGCAACUGAGUAAAGAACGAAGGUGAUUGGUGGAUCCCUGCACAGCACAUGCAGAGUCCCAUGCAGUGUCUCAGUCAGUUACCCUUGAAAUUAACUGAGUUCAUUCACCUUCGACAUGACUAUUGCACACACGUACAUCGCAAUGCUCAAACGAUAUAUUGUGCAGGCCUACUUGGAACACCUUCUGAGAUAAAGCACUACAGUUCACUUUUAAGGAAAUGCAACUAAACAACUAAAGGCCUGCAAAUCACAUCCCUUUACAGAAGAGCGAUCUACUAGCAAAGCGUUGACUGCUUUGCAUGAACUUCUGCGACAGGUGGUGUGUGUGUAGUUUUUUUACUGUAAUGAUGAAAACAUCUGAUACUUGUAAAUGACUUGUUUUCUCUUUUUAAAAACCCCCCACCCAACCCCUUUAGUGUCAAGAUGCAGAUCUUUGUGAAGACCCUGACUGGUAAGACCAUCACCCUGGAGGUUGAGCCAAGUGAUACCAUUGAAAACGUCAAGGCCAAGAUUCAAGAUAAGGAAGGCAUCCCUCCUGACCAGCAGCGUCUGAUCUUUGCUGGCAAGCAGCUGGAAGAUGGCCGCACCCUGUCUGACUACAACAUCCAGAAGGAGUCUACCCUGCAUCUUGUCCUCCGUCUGAGGGGAGGUAUGCAGAUCUUUGUGAAGACCCUGACUGGCAAGACCAUCACCCUGGAGGUUGAGCCAAGUGAUACCAUUGAAAACGUCAAGGCCAAGAUUCAAGAUAAGGAAGGCAUCCCUCCUGACCAGCAGCGUCUGAUCUUUGCCGGCAAGCAGCUGGAAGAUGGCCGCACCCUGUCUGACUACAACAUCCAGAAGGAGUCUACCCUGCAUCUUGUCCUCCGUCUGAGGGGAGGUAUGCAGAUCUUUGUGAAGACCCUGACUGGCAAGACCAUCACCCUGGAGGUUGAGCCAAGUGAUACCAUUGAAAACGUCAAGGCCAAGAUUCAAGAUAAGGAAGGCAUCCCUCCUGACCAGCAGCGUCUGAUCUUUGCCGGCAAGCAGCUGGAAGAUGGCCGCACCCUGUCUGACUACAACAUCCAGAAGGAGUCAACUCUUCACCUGGUGUUGCGUCUGAGGGGAGGUAUGCAGAUCUUUGUGAAGACCCUGACUGGUAAGACCAUCACCCUGGAGGUUGAGCCAAGUGAUACCAUUGAAAACGUCAAGGCCAAGAUUCAAGAUAAGGAAGGCAUCCCUCCUGACCAGCAACGUCUGAUCUUUGCCGGCAAGCAGCUUGAAGAUGGCCGCACCCUCUCUGACUACAACAUCCAAAAGGAGUCCACCCUUCACCUGGUGCUGCGUCUGAGGGGAGGAAACUAAUUCUUCAUCCCUCCCAUCUGAAGCCACAUAAUGCUGCACCAGCCCCUCCAGAUCCAGCUGGCAGCCAUUCCUUUUUUCAAGUUUUAAUAAAGGUUGAGCAUUCCUGACUUUUGCUUUUAGUGACUUUUUUUUAUGACACUUGAUGUGAUAUUUGACUUUGUUCAUUUAAAGCAAAUACAUUUUGAGAAUGGUUUGCUGUGUUUUAAAGCGUUAUGAACUUAAGUUUUAAUUUAGAUGGUUGGGUUAAAAGUUAUGUUGCUCACAGCUUUGUCAUUCUAACCAGAGCUCAUACAUGCAGAUGUUAACAGAUGUUGAUCCUAACCAAUAAAAUGGCUUCACACUAUGACCUUGUUGUUUUGUUUUAAAAAUGAAAUGGUUGGCUCACACUUGAGUUCACCUCAGAUUAAACAGCCCUACAUGUUCUAAUACUUAAAGGUUGUACUAUAUGGUAAGAAGUCGAGUAAGGCUAAAGUAAUGUGGACUGCAGGAAAAUAUUGCUGUAGGACUUUUGUGAUAAUUAUGGGAGUCACCUUUUAAGACUGAUUAAAUCCUUAAAAUAUAUAAGAAUAUAAAAAGUAUAUAUAAUAUAAAAAUAUAAGAGACUAGUAUCAACCUUGACUGAAGUGCCACACCCUGGUUUUAUCACAUCUAAUAUGCCUUCACUGUUGUAGACAAUUUGCAUUGAGUUUUCCCUUUGGAAUUAUGUAUCCUCAAUGGUUGUCAUGUUUUUCCUAUCACUUGCCUUAUGAAAUCUGUCAGUAGUGCUUUUAUCAUUUUUUUACAUUUUAUUAAAAUGUAAAUAUUAGAUGUAUGCACUAAUACUUUGAGGGAAAAUUGAAAUACCUGUAUAGAGUUAAAAGUACAACAUGUGCAUUAAGUUCCUUUAAAACUAAACGAAGACCUCAUGAGAACCAAGCACAUUUCAGAAGAAUAAAGUCACAUUUGGAGAUUAAAUUGCUCUAAUGUUGUAGAUACAGUGAACUCGAAAUUUAUCAAUAUAAUUGAUUGUGUCAAUAAUAAACAAAAGCAACUUUUAAAAAAAGAGGGAGAGGAAGGUGUUAAAUGGAAUAUAAAAAAAUGAAUACGAUUAAAAUAUCCAACGUGA